GUGAAAGAUACGAUGUUUGUUUUUAUUGCAAGUACCUUUUCACCCAUUUAAAUAUGGAGCGCUACGAAGAAGAUUUACUUAAAUUUAUAACUGUAACGGGUACUGGUGUAGAGACAGCUAAAAAAGUUUUGCAAGAUAGCCAAUGGGACGUUGAAGUAGCUAUAAAUAAAUACUUGGACUCAGCUAAUAAAGCUAAGUUAUCUCCUUCUCCCCAUCUGAACCGAAAUAAAUUAUUUAAACAAAGUGUUGAACUUGAUAAUAAUGAAAAUGUACGCUUGCCCAUUCCCUAUCAAAAAACACGUCUUCUUGACCCUUCAACUUCAGAACACUAUCCUUUUGAAACCUCUUCAACUGCUUGUAGACACCCGUUUAGAGAUAUUGAAUCCCCAGAAACUGAGCUUCUCGAGCACAACACUCGUCGUAGAAAAAGACUUGAAAAGUUGUAUAGAGCACCCACUGAAAUUUUGUUUAAGGGCUCUUUUGAUGCUGUACUUUUAAAAUAUAUAAGGUGUGUCAAAUUUUUUUUUAGCAUUUGCUCGAAGGCAAAACGUCACGGCGUUUUUAAAAGGAAGUGGCUUUUGGUCAGUAUUCAGAGAAGCAACGAUUUAAAAUGUCUUAAUCUCGACAGAGAUCUUUGGAACGAUAGCGAAGUUCAAAAUUUAAUUUCCAGAAACUUUAUUUUUUGGCAGAAAGAUUUACAACAUCACGAGGCUCAGCAUCUGCGUCUGCUCUACUUUUUUGAAGAAGCGCCGUUUGUGGCUGUGAUCGAUCCCCGUACUGGCGCUGUUAAAUCAGAUUUAAGCGACCGUCUAAUCUUUAAAACCAAUCUUCAAGUAGAUGUUGUUUCCUUUAAUUGCUUAUAGGAUUUCUUGCUUGCCAGCAGCGGUAUCUUGGAUGAUUUCAGAGUU